GAGCGCCCGAAGCCCACCGGCUGUGGCUGACACGUGAAGGUCAGAAAGCAGCGAUUUCUGCUUGAAUUUGGGCGUUUAAGUGCUCGGUGUGAAAAUGGACGGACAGGGAGUGGCUGCAGACCCCCAGCUUCAGCAGUUUAUAGAAGUAGAAUCUCAAAAGCAGCGGUUUCAGCAGCUCGUCCAUCAGAUGACAGAGGUCUGCUGGGAGAAGUGCAUGGACAAGCCUGGCCCUAAACUGGACUCCCGGACGGAGACGUGCUUCGUGAAUUGCGUGGAGCGCUUCAUCGACACGAGCCAGUUCAUCCUGAACAGACUGGAGCAGACCCAGCGGAGUCGAGGCUCUUUCUCAGAGACCAUGUCCGACUAGCAGAGGUGCGACCGCCCUGCGGAUGGAGCCAGCCAACGCGCACCUCUUCUGAGCGCUGACUAGAGGCGUGAAUGGAAACGUGAAGAUGCGAUCAUCCGGUGCCUCUUUUUCGACCAUUUUGGCAGGACCUACUUUCUAGAUCCUGCAUCAGCCUCGAGCAGCUGCAAGGGUUAGAAAAGUGAAGUUUUCUUUACUGAGGAUUUGUUGGGGGCCACGGAGCUGCGAAGGCCUUGCAGAGCAUCGUAACCACCAACAUGUGCUCAGAAGCAACUCGCCUGGACUGGAGGACACUUGACUGCCUGUAGAACAGCAAGCCACGUUCACCUCUACGGGCUGCUGGGACUCGUGGCGUUCAGUCAUCCUUGCAGAGAACAUGUACCUACAAAUGGCCAGAAACACUCAUUUGCCCAGCUCUAUGUUUGUGUUAAAGACCAAUGCCCACUUUUGCCCUUGGUGCUUUUCUUCACUGACCCUUUCAGCCAUAUAGGUGCCAUGUAACACUGUUAAUUUAUGGUUCAUGACUCAAUGUAGUAAUCAUUUAUAUGAGAUAUUA